AGGCGGGGCUUCUGGAGAAGAAAGGGCAUGAAGCCUCCACUUCCGGAAACUAACCGGGCAACGAGGAAGCUGCCUGAAUCGGCGACAGAAGAGCCCGGAUGAUGCAGGAGGACGGAGGAGCCCGGCGGGGGAAGGAAGGAAGCGCCGCCCGAGAGGAGGAGGAGGAGGAGAGCGGGCCCCGCGGAGCAGCCCUGCCCGGUCCCGGCGCGGCUUCCCCGGGAGACGGCGGGGAAAGGCCGGGGGGCUCCGGGCUGCCGGAGGGAUGAGCCCAGGGGGAGCCCGGGAAAGGCGGCUGCCUGGAGGGCGAUGCGGGGAGGAGGAAACGGGCGGAGACCCCGAGACGGUCCUGGAGGGCGGAGGCUCCUUCGGAAGACCCAGGAGGCCCCCAAGGAUCCAGUUGGGAGGAAAGGAACAUCAGUGCUUGGAAUGUGGGAAAUCCUUCAAAAGAAACUACAAUCUUCAAAGGCAUUUAAGGAUCCAUUCAGGAGAGAAACCUUGUAAGUGCCUGGAGUGUGGAAAAAGCUUUCGUCAUAGCAGCAGCCUUUAUAAACAUCAAAGAAUCCACUCAUUUGGAAACCCAUGUAAAUGCUUGGAGUGUGGAAAGAACUUCAGUCGGACAAGAGAUCUUACCCAACAUCAAAGAAUCCACACAGGAGAGAAACCUUAUAAGUGCCUGGAGUGUGAAAAGAGCUUCAGUCAUAGCAGCACCCUUUAUAGACAUCAAAGGAGCCACUCAGGGGAGAAACCUUAUAAGUGCCUGGAUUGUGAAAAGAGCUUCUGUCAUAGCAGCAGCCUUUAUAAACAUCGAAGAAUCCACUCCGAAGAGAAAUUGAAUAAAUGCCUGGAGGGCGGAGGAUCCUUCAGAAGACCCAGGAGGCCCCAAAGGAUCCAGGAGGGAGGAAAGAAAUAUCAGUGCCCAGAAUGUGAAAAAUCCUUCAAAAGAAAUGGAUAUCUUCAAGGUCAUCUAAGCAUCCACUCAGGAGAAAAGAAAUAUGAAUGCCCAGAAUGUGAAAAAUCCUUCAGAACAAAAGACCUUCUUAAAAGCCACCUAAGAAUCCACACAGGUGAAAGACCUUAUAAAUGCUUUGAGUGUGGGAAGAGCUUCAGUCACAAGAGCACCCAUGAUAGACAUCAAAGAAUCCACAGAGGGGAAAAACCUUAUAAAUGCUUUGAGUGUGGAAAGAGCUUCCGUCAGAUGAGUAGCUUUUAUGGACAUCUGAGAAUCCACACAGGAGAAAAACCUCAUCAAUGCCUGGAGUGUGGAAAGAGCUUUGGUCAUAUCAGCACCCUUUAUAGACAUCAAAGGAGCCACUCAGGAGAGAAACCUUAUAAGUGCCUGGAGUGUGGAAAGAACUUUGGUCAUAGGAGCACCCUCUAUAAACAUCAAAGGAUCCACUCAGGUGAAAAACCACAUAAAUGCCCGGAGUGUGGAAAGAGCUUCAAUAGGAGAAGUUCCCUGUAUAGACAUCAAAUGCUUCACACAAGAGAAAAACCAUAUCAGUGGCGGUAGUAUGGAAAGAGUUUCUGGGAGAGCGGAAGUCUUUAUAACAGUAGUGGGUUGCUACUGGUUCUCCCUGGUUCGCAAGAACCGGUAGUAAACAUUCUGAGUAGUUCGGAGAACCCGUAGUAAAAAUUCUGCCUGGCCCCGCCCCCAAUCUAUUGCUGCCUCCCGACUCCCAGAUGAUGGGCUAGAAGGAAAAAAUCAAGACUCACUUGUCAAAGAAGAGAAAAAAAAACAAGACACCGUCCCUUUAAAUUAAUAGGCUGCUUCUCAGCCAGGAGAUUGCUUGGCAAAGAAGAAGGGGGGGGGCGGAAAACGCUGUCGUUUUAAAUUGACAGAGCAGCUAGAAGCUCCGUUCUGAGUCAGCUGAACAACAAAUUGGAUAAGAGGAGGAAUUCUUAUAUGGUUCAAUGUUUUUGAAGUUUUGGGGUUUGUGAAACAUGGGCUUUGUGUUUCUAAAAAGGUUUGGGUGAUUUCCAUUGUGAAGUAUCCUGCCUUGAAGGAGUUUUCUGCCUGCUUGUAAAUGGAGCCGAACUUCCCGUAGCUGUUUUCUGCUUACAAAGUUUCCUUUAUGCAGCUGGCAGGAAUGUGGAAUUCCAGGCAGGUUCCUUGCUAGCAGCUUGAUUAUUCCUUAAAUAUCUGGGAUAUUUUAUUUGGGAAAUGAAGAGGGGGAAGUUUGAUUCCUUCCCAGAACAGAUUAGUGGGGUGGGGAGGAAAUGGGGAUUUUGAAGUAACCUUCCCCUGGAGUGGGGAGGGAAUGGGGAUUUUAGGCUUGCUGUCAAACAUCAGCCAUAAUACUAAUGAUUGUUUUGAACAAUAUGCAGGUUGUAUUACAUGAAUGGCUAUUUCAUAUGUGAAAUUAUGACUGAAACCUAUAUAGGUUCACACUGUCAGGAAGUUUGUCCUUAGUUUUAGGUUGCUUCUCUCUUUGUUGAGUUUCCAUUUAUUGCUUCUUGUUUUGCCUUCUGGUGCUUUGAAAAAUACUUCCUCCCCCCUUCUUUCUAGCAGCCCCUUAAAAGCCUGUUGCCUAUCACACUCUUGGGCAAAGCAUGUGAGCCAUUUCCUCCUUUCAGUGGUCCAUGAAAGUGCAACUAUAGCAGAGGUCUCUAACCUUGGCCACUUUAAGACAGCAAAGCUGGCUGAGGAAUUCUGGGAGUUGAAGUGGCCAAGUUUGGAGACCCCUGAUCGAUAGUAUGUAGAUAAUAAAGUUGAAAAAAGGUGAACAACAUUUUUGCAGAACUAUAGAUACGUUGAAGCUGAGUGUGACAAGGAAUGGCUGGGAGGGGAGGGGCCAGGCGAGGUAACCCUUGACAUGAGAGACAUUGAGUUGGCCAUGCCUACCCAGUCAUAUGACCAUCAAGCCACACCCAGUGUCACAUGACCAUCAAGCCAUGCCCACAGAACCGGUAGCAAAAAAAUUAGAACCCCACCCCUGCUUUAUAACCAUCAAAGAAUCCAAGAAUAAUAGUUAGUCCUCAAUUUACAGCAGUUCAUUUAAUGUUCAAAAUUACAAUGGCACUGAAGAGUGACUUACCGCUGUUUUUCACAUGUCGCAUGAUCAAAAUUCAGACGCUUAUAAAUUGAUUCCUUUUUAUGACGGUUGCAGUGUUCCAGGGUCACGUCACCUUUUGUGACCUUCCUACAAGGAAAGUCAAUGGAGAAACCAGAUUCACUUUGCAUAAUGGGCAAGAAAGGUAAUAAAAUCCAAUUAAAUGUUUCACUUUUAAUAAAUUUAAUAAUUUUUUCUCUUUUACAGCCUUCCAGGGCCAUGCCCAGGGUCCCAGACCUGAGUUUGACUGCUUUCGGUCAUUUUUUUUUUUUUGAAUAAAUUUUUUUAUUUUAUAAACAAACAAACAUUUAAUAUAGCAGUCAUUCCUUCUGUGUGACAUCUCGGUGUUUUCUUUGUGGCUUCAUCUUUUUGUUGUUUCUUCUCUUUUCAUUUCAAUUUAAUCUAUUACAAUUUUUUCACAAGUACAAUAUUCUAAUUAUACCAUUUUCUAACAUAACUAUCAAUUUGCUUAUCUAUAUCUUUUUUCUAACCAAUGAUAAAAUUGAUCCCAUAUUGUAAAAUA